GUCACAGCGGCUGGAGGACACGGGGAAAGGGGACUCUAUUCCGGCGCGCGCAGCUCGCGGGCAGUCCCAGCCUCUCGCGCCUCCAUGUCGUACUCGCACCCUCCCAGGCGCACGGGGCUGCCCCGCGCCGUGCUGAGGUGGCUGCAGAGCCUGGACCUGAGCUUCUUCCCCAGGAACUUCCGACGGGACUUCUCCAACGGCUACCUCAUCGCCGAGAUCUUCUCCUGGUACUACCCCGGGGACAUCCACAGCCACAGCUACGAGAACGGCGCCUCGCUGGCCACCAAGCUCAGCAACUGGUCCCAGCUCGGCCAGUUUUUUUCCAAAAGAAAUUUGAAGCCUGUUCAAGAACUAAUAGAUGGGACAAUUCACUGUAAACCGGGAGCAGCAGAAAUGUUGGUACAAGACAUCUACUCAAUGCUGACAAAUGGACGAAUUAAAAAUAUUCAGGAUGAGGUUGACUUUACAGACCACUAUUAUCAGGAGCAGUUACCGAUGGUCGCCAGGUCAACAGCUUCAAAGGCUAUCAAGAAUAACAUUAAAUUAACAGAAAUAAUGAUAGAGCCCAACAUUAACAAAAAUAGACAAAAGGUUAAUGCCAUCAUCAAUAUGCAUAUGCAACAGAGACUGGUAGAGAGGGAAGAGAACCCAAAGCGGUUUAACAUUAAACCAAGCUUGGCAGAACGUGCAGUUCGUCAUCCGGCUGCUGUAGGUCCCUCUGGGAGUGCGAUUAACAUCCAGAGAGAGCAACUUUCUUUUAUAUCAAACCUAGGGCUCCCAGAAAUCAGAGGCAAAACUGGUGUUCACUUCAAAGAAAUCCAGGUGAAACAAGCUGACAGAGGCUCUUUUACUGUGGAUGUAUAAGUGCGGCAACUCCAAGCACCUGGCCAAAAGGAUUCUAACUGAACACUGGAAAAAAAGUAUUGGAGAGACCUCAACUUUGAAAACGUACAAGAUCACCUUUAUAAUUCUUUGACCUUAGCCAUUGGGAGAGAAUUGCCUGAUUGGUUUCAGUGUCUGUUAAAUCAAAGCAUUAUUUUCUUCUAGUAAAUGCCAAAACAAAAUACAUAUUGGAAAUCUGAUGUUUGUGGAAGUGUGACAAGCUAAAUCAUCACUAAACAAAGCAGUAUCUAAAAUAUACAUCACUGUAGUUUCCCUGUUGUUAGACGGCUUCCUUCAGUGACUUGGUACCAUAGUUGCUUUUACAGCUCAGCCUCCUCCUAGACUUGAUUACUUGCUAGAUUGAGUUAUUUUUAAUAUUUCAAGUUUUGUUAGUGAAAUUUUUCCAAUUUACAGAUUGCAGUGGUGCAAGAUGAGUAAUGAGGAUGUGUAGUCAAACUUUUUGCCAUUGUGAUGUGAUGAGUUGAAUAAAUUUGACAGUUGUA